GUGAUUUUUUAUAAUUUUUCGAAAAUUCACAUCAAAACUGAAACUGAACUGAAAUAAUUCAGUCAGUCACUCAGUCAGUAAUAGCCCUCGUACCACUAGGACAUUAGUUCGUGUGCAAGUAGACGAUUUACAUCAACAUUUCGGCCAACAAUACAUAUAGGAACUGCAACAGGACAACAACGAGAUUUCACUAUAAUUAUCAGGAAAAAAUUGCAAAUAAAAUUGUAAAAGGCCAGGAGAUUACAACUAUCCAUAGCCACGUACCAAGCAUAUAUAUAAUGUCCUUUGAAGCAAACCUUUAUCGUCAAUUUGAUUUACCUCGGGAGCAAGCAUCCGAAGCAGAAAAACAAGAAGCUCAAGAGCUACCUUCAACAUCAAAACAACGCUUGCCAACAGCAGAGCCUUUUGAACUAUCACCACCGGUACCGCACCCCAGCUACCCUCGCUUACUUCCAGAAAAACAAGAAGCUCAUGAGCUACCUUCGACAUCAAAACAACGUUUGACAACACCGGAGCCUAUUGAACUAUCCCCUCGGGUAGCACACACCAGCUAUCCUCUCUCACUUCCAGGGAAACAAAGCCAGAACAGCUGGAGCAGUCAAACACUUUUCCCUGCACCAAUACUGCAAUCCAGCACGCCAGUAGCACACGGUACAGCCAAUCACAUAUCCAGCAAACGCACACAGCGAGCCAAUCAACCCGCUCUCAAUACGUUCGCCUACAAUCUCGUUCAACAAAUUGUCCAAACGGUAGGUGAACUUGAAAAUACGCUGUUGGAAGAUCAGCAGAGCGAUUUCAAUUUGCGUUUGGCUUACGAACGCCAAACAGAAAAACUUAAGAAUAUGUGUCAGUCCUUGGAUAAUGAAAAAGCGCGUAAUGUACGACUGAUGGAGUUAAUUCGUGGUGUUGAGCUAUCUACUUCGACGGAAGAUGAGGAACCGGAUUAUGCGCUUUCACGAUGUGGUGCUACGGAACGUUGGUCACGAGCAUCAGAUGUAUAUGAAUCGAUAAGCCCGCUGUUGUUGCAACAGAGAUAUGAUGAACUCUGCAAUUCAUACAAACAAUGCCGGCGCCAACUUAUAAAAAAGGAAAAGCUUCUCAAAUUAAGUCGUUGUGAAACCGAGACUGCAAAAGCGCGUUACGACAAUCUACUCGAUGAAUAUCAAAUUGAACAAAAACGUUUUGAACAUGUGUGCUUAAUGUAUCUACAAUUGCAAGCAAAGAAGAAUUUUGAGCUCCAACGCCUACGUGACGCUCUUAACAGCGCGAUCGAGUGUAUAGUGAGUGCAGAGAAACUAAUCGAUUGCUUGGAUGAAGAGACGAUUACAUUGUAUAUGAAUCGAAAUAUCACCAACUUAUGUGACGAGAAUGAUUUUUACAACGACCACAAGACCGACACUAUGGAAACGGACCAUAUUGCAGCAUUUAAACAAAAUUUUGAGUUAUUUAUGAAGUCUUUGCGUCUCUGCCAGAGGGCUCAAAAAGUAGCAGAAACCAAUACAAAUCAAUGAAUGCUAUGCAUGGCCACCAUCGGAGGUGCCGUAUUGGCAAUAGGAUUCAUCAUUACAUAUUUGAGUGUACAUAUGUGUAAAUAAAUAUAUAAUUAGAGAAAUAUUUCAACAAAGAUUUUAUAGAGGAAAAAAAUAUAUAUUUUAUAUGAAUAUACCAACUUUUAUACGGCGGGUAUAUUGCAACAUUUUUUGCCAACAAUUACAAAUAUUUUCUUUUUGCGAGCGCAGUUUU